UCGUGUACGAAGCCUGUCACCGUUACACGCGCGGAUCUCCCUUCGCUUCGCGUUUUCCCUCUUUUUUGCCGUCCAAACACUUUCCUCGAGAGGAGAACGAGAUCCUUACUGCCCUCGGGGGGAUCGAUCGAUCGAUCGAUCGAUUUCCACUGGAACAUUUUCCGUGCGCGCACUUUUGAAAAAAAAAGUAAAAGUAAAGUUUGGGAAUCGGAGAAACUUUUUUCCUCGUCGAAAGUGGAGGAACUUUGACUUUGGAACUUCCACAGGGAUUCGAAGGAAUCUCCUCUGGAUUGAAGGAAAUUAAAUACUCUACUCGGAAGGGAAAAUUCAUUUGAAAAAGUAGACGAUUCGAAAGAAUUAGAGAAAAUUUAUUAUCAGAAGUCGUUCUUCGACGAAAUCGGACGAGAUUUAUAGAGAGAGAGGAAAGAUUUAUCCAAUUGAAGAAUAUAGAAUCUUUUCUGAAGUAUUUAAGAAUUUUGCUGACAGUGAGAAAAAAGUAUACGAAUCAACAACGUGAUUUCUAAAAAGUUAUCGUAACUCAUAACGUUGUCGUUUUGACGACACGGCACGUUUCUCGUCUUCGUUUUUUUUCCUUUUUUUUUUCGAAAAAUUUUCAUCCAAUCCUCAACGGAAGAUACUUGCUGCUCCUCCACGCCAAGUGUUUCGAACAGUUUCCUUCGCGGCGAUACGACAGACAGAGCUCGUACGAAUUUGAGACUGGCUCCUAUCGAUUAUCAGCACGGUGAUAAGGUAAACUCUAAUUGGCCAACCGGGAGAUACGAUCGUGGAAACAGAAGCACUUUCGAUUGCAUCUGAGCCGCGAGGAUUUACUUAGUUCUGUGCCGUUGAUCGAUAAAUCAUAUCGCAUGACGGUAACCAAGGUUUUAACAAAUGAGAAUAACAGAAACCGUCGAAAUCGUUAUCUACCGCUACAUUGCCGGUGUUCAUUCAGAGAGAUAAAAUAAAGGUAGGCGAAGGAGGAUAUAAUCGAUAUAAUAAAGAAAUCUUUCGAAUCGAAAAUCGAGAAGGAAGAAAGAGAGAGAGAGAGAGGUGGAAAGAAGGAUCUUUACCGGUUCGACGUGCUCUAGGAUGUGAAUUGGGAAUCGUUUUUUAAAGGAAAAAAACAGGAAAGAUUUUUCACUCUGGAAUUCUGAAAAUCAAGGAUCGAAGACAUACCACAUACACCAUGGAGAAAAAUGAAAAGGAGGAACAAGGCAAUCCUAUGAAAGAGUUCAAUAGCAGAACGAAAAUAGCCACCAUUGAAAUUGAAGGAUACAACGAGAAGGACGAUUUAUACAAUCCCUUCGAAAAUCGUGACAAAAAAAAUUCCAAUUCAGAUUUUGGCGCCCUGGCACAUCUAUUGAAAUCAUCCCUCGGUACGGGAAUCCUCGCCAUGCCGAAUGCGAUCAAAAAUGGCGGGGUGAUAUUCGGCGGGAUAGGGACGAUAAUAAUCGGCUUGAUAUGCGCGCAUUGCGUCCACAUAUUGGUUCGCUCGUCCCACAUUCUGUGCAAACGUACGAAAACACCCCAGAUGACGUAUGCCGAGACGGCGGAAGCUGCCUUCCUUUGCGGUCCAAAAACCGUCAGACCUUUCGCUAAUUUCAGUCGAAUGUUCGUAAAUGCGGCAUUGUGCGCCACGUACAUAGGCGGUGCUUGCGUAUACGUGGUUUUCGUAUCGACCUCGAUUAAACAGCUGGUGGACUUCCACACCGGCAUGACUAUACCGAUGCGUUUGUACAUACUCACGCUGAUACCCGCUGUAUUAUUGUUGGGGCAAGUGCGAAAUUUGAAGUUCAUGGUGCCGUUCUCCAUCGUGGCCAACCUUUCCAUGAUGACCGGUUUCGCCUUGACUCUCUAUUAUAUCUUCAAUGAUAUCAAAAUACCGUCCCACGUGAAGCCAAUCGCCUCGAUCGAACAAUUGCCUUCCUUCUUCGCCACCGUAUUAUUUGCCAUCGAGGGUAUCGGUGUUGUGAUGCCCGUCGAGAACAGUAUGAAGAAUCCUCAUCACUUCCUCGGUUGUCCAAGCGUUCUUAACAUAACAAUGACUAUAGUGGUGUCUUUGUACACCGUGUUAGGCGUGUUCGGAUAUUUGAAGUACACGGAAGAUAUUAAGGGUAGUAUCACGCUAAAUAUACCAACAGAGGACAUAUUGGGACAGGCGGUAAAAUUGCUCAUCGCCCUGGCAGUUUUAUUCACAUACGGAUUACAACUUUUCGUUCCGAUGGAUAUCAUGUGGAGAGCUGUGAAAGAGAAAUGCAGUCACAAGUAUCAAGGCUUGUGCCACACAGUAAUGAGAAUAUGCAUAAGUAUAUUUACAAUUUGCGUGGCAUUACUCGUUCCUGAACUCGAGCCGUUCAUCUCUUUGGUCGGUUCGAUAUUUUUCUCGAUACUCGGCAUCACGAUUCCAGCCGUCGUUGAAACAAUUUCUUGCUGGGACGGCCAUCUUGGAAGAGGCAAGUGGAGAUUUUGGAAAAACAGUACGCUUGUGAUAUUCUCUCUGUUGGCGUUAAUAUUCGGUUCCUGGAUCUCUAUUUCUGAUAUAAUAAAAUUAUAUAAAUAAGUUUAUUUAUAUUCGCGUACGUGGAAAAAAAGACUUAACUUUCUUAAAAUGUGUUAAUAUGUUCACUGUAUUGUAUCUCAUAUAUGUCUUAUAUUGGUAAACUCGACUUUGUUUGAAAACAAUGUGAUCAUCGAUUCAAAGAAUAAGAAUAUCAAAUUGAAAAUCAAGUUUAAAUAUAAAGAUUUACGACGUAAAAAAAAUAGACUUUGUAAAAAAAUUAUUCGAUAAUUUUAAUGAUUUUCGAUUAAAGAUUUUUGUCUGCAGUGAACGUGUUAAUAUUGUCAAGACUAGAUUCUGUUGAAUAUUUGUACAUUGUACUUACACUCAUCGUAAUAUAAUUUAUCACGUAAUGUAAACCGUAUUGCCAUAGAAAUAUUUAUUUUUAAGAGUAUUCAUGUAUAUUGUAAUUUCGUGUACAUUGUGUAUUUAUUUCUACGUUAUACUAAAGAAUUUUUGUAAAAUACUGUAAUUAACUUGAUCGAAUUAGAAAGAUUCGAAUUGAAGAAGGACAGAUGGAUAGAUAAAAAUCGAUUGAGCCAAAUCAUUAAAUCGUCAAAAUUAUUAUAAUAUCGUGAUCAAGUAUUUAUUGUGAAUAUUUUAAAUUAGAAAUACAAUUUUUUUUUUUUUAAAUUUUUAAAUUGUGCAAAAAUGUGCUGGAUAUAUCUUCAUUGAUAAAAUCGAUGCUUUUAUGGUUGCAAAAUCUGCAAAAAUCUGUAUCUGUAUCUUUUUUUUUUAAAAAGUAACUUCUAAAUAUUGAAUUCAAGUUAUUACAGAUCUUUUGUUAUCUAAAUUUUUUAUAAUAUGAAUAAGAAAUAUGUACAUAUAUUAAAUAUUAAUAGUGAGGCUAGAUUAGGAGAUAAAAAAAUUAUAAAUAAUUAAGAAAUAAGAGAUAUGUACAUAUUGAAUAUUCUUCUCGACAAACAAUAUUUUUGAUCAUCAUCAUUUAAUUAUUUAAUAUUAUUUUCCAAAUUAUUUUUAACGUUUUAAAUAAUGGAAAUGGAAAUGUUAUCAAAACCCUCUUGAACAAUAAGACUGAUAUUAUUUUUAGCAAAAUUUAAAUAAAUGAUAAGUUACUUGUAAAUAAUUUUCAUGCCACAAAAUAAAAAAAUUUAAUAGAAACGAAAUUAUACGAAAUAAAUUUUACAAAUUUCACAAAUUAUUGCGCAAGAGGGCGCAGAUAUACCAUAAUCUUACUCACUCACUAUUUGCGUCAUUGUUAUUGUUAAUUAGCGAACAUUGAAAUCAUUGAAAUCACGCGAUUUAUGUAGAUCUCUGUGCAUUGUUCGAAUUCGAUGAUAUUAAUAAUGAAUCUGCGAUUGAAAUUGUUGGUUGCUGUUUGCGUUUUUUACAAUUGCAGUAAAGCAUAGCCACGAUAGUCAUGUGAAUUCCAAUUAUCAAAGGAAUCACGUCUAUGAAUUUGAUGAGUUUUACAAGACGGAGUAAUUGAAACGUUAAUAUUAUAACGGAUAAAUCUGGCGUAUUUCCCUGUAAAAGAAUAUUUGUUAGCCAUCUUAGUUCGUUUGUCGAUAUUCGAGAAAGAUUGUGAUCAUAUUAUAGCGCGCAUUUUUAUGUAUGAUUUAGAGAAA